AUGAAAAAAGGAGAAGAAUUUUUAAAAAAUGAAAUUGAGAAAGAGUCGAUUGCAUUAUUUAAGAAAAAUUUAUUAAAGGAAAGUUAUAAGUGGUUUAAAGAUACAGAUUAUUUUGUAAAAAUAAAAAAUGAUAAUAAUUAUAAUAAUAUAGAAAAUAAGACAGAAACUAAAAAUAUAGUAACUGGGCGUGUACAGUUAGGAUGGGGUGGAACAUUUUUUUUAUUAUGUUGUGUUGUAGUUAUAUGUGAUAAUUCAGGAUGGCAAUCUUGUAACCAUUACAAUAAUAAUAUAUUUUAUUCACCAGAAUCUUUAACAUUAGUAUAUUCUUUUCUUUAUGCAAUAUAUGCAUUUCCUUUAUUUAUUUUUCAUCAAUGUUUAGGUUUAGUAUCACAAGGCAAUUACGUAAAGUCAUGUAGAAUGCUUUCACCACAUAUGGGAAUAUUAACUAUAUUUUCUUUAUUUGGAACUAUAACGUUUUGUGCAAAAGAAAUAUGUAAUUUUUCUGCUGAGCUUUUACAAAAUAUUAUAAGAUUAUAUAAUAUAUCAAAUGAAGCAAAAUAUGGUAUGACAAAAGUUUUUGUUGAUUUAACAAAUCCAGGAAAAGGAUGUGCAUCUGAUCCUAAUAAUAUUUAUAUGGAAUCAAUAAAUUAUUGUAUAUCAUAUAAUGAUAAGGUUAUAGUAAAUUUUUAUGAAAAUUUAUGGUUUAUAGGAAAUAAAGGAAAUUAUAUUUAUCUAAUUUUGAUAUCUACCUUAUUUAUAUUAUUUUGUUAUUUUAUUUUAUUAAGAGAAAAUAUUCGGGUUUUUAAAUUUUUUAUUUUUGUUAUCAUAAUUAAUUGGAUUACUACCAAAUCAGUAGUUACUAUGAAUACAUUUUUUUUUUAUAUACCUCAAUCGAAGAAAAUAUAUGAAGAGAUUGUUUCAAUAUUUAAAGAGAUUGGUUUUCUUAAAUUAACAAUUUUUUUAUAUGGUACAUUAGCAAGAAGUUCAUCUAUAUUUAUUUUAAGCACAUUUGCUUCUUAUUUUCAUACUAACACUAAUAUAAUGACAAUAAAUUUAUACACAUUUGGUUUUUAUAUGUUAAAUAUGUAUUUUUAUUUAAAAAAUGAAGCACAUGAAUAUUUUUUAUAUAAUAAGGGGUUGGGUAGUGGAGGAAAAUUUAAUUUUAUGAAGUGUAAUACAUAUAUAAAUAUGUUACAAGAAUUAAAAGAUAAUAAUGGAAAUAUUUAUAAUUCUGGUUCAGGUAGUUCUAUGUAUUCUGUUUGGCAAAAAUUAUGUCUAUUUUUUAGUUCAUAUUCUUUUCUUUUUUCUACAGUAUUUAUUGUGUUAAUGCAAUUGUUGGGACCUUUUAACAUUUUAACUGAAAUAGCUGAAAAUUAUAAAUAUAAUUUAUUAAAUACAGGAAAAAAAAUUUAUACAUAUAAAUCGUUAGUUAAAAUAUAUGAAAAAUCUGAUUUUAAAAAUAUAUCAAAUAGUAAUAGGUCUUAUACAUCCUCUUAUUAUUCAAAAAAAAAAAGUGUAAAAUCAACUAGCGAUUAUGAAAUAGCUAGCCAAAAAAAAAAAAAAAAAAAUAUAUUUAAAAAUUUGAAUUAUUUUACAAGUAAACCAGCAAAAACAAUGACAACUAAAAAUACAGAAUCAAAUAUAACAGGAAACGAAAAAAAAGAAAAAAAAGAAAAAAAAGAAAAAAAAGAAAAAAAAGAGAAUUUUAUUUUUAACACAGAAGAAGAAGGUGGAUAUCAAACAGCCGAUUGUGCAUUUUCAACUAAUAAAAAUGUGAAUUUAAAAAAUAAAAAAGAAAAAAAAGGGAGUAAAACAGAUUUUUAUAAUGCCCCCCAAAGUGGUAAUUUAUUCGGCGAUAAUAAUAACAACAAUAAAAACAAUAAUAAAAAUAGUAAUAAUAAAAACAAUAAUAAUAGUAAUAGCAAUAAUAAUAAUAGUAAUAGUAAUACCAAUUUGAAGAGUAGCUUUUCAAAAAAAAGAGAAACAAAUUCAAGUGAAUAUUAUUGCAAUGGAAAAGAAAACCAAAAUAUUGAAGGAUCUAUAAAAGAUGAUAAUAAUAAAAAAAAAGAAAAAAAUAUAUUAUAUUUAAAAAAUGAAAGUAGUAGUGAUAUAAAUUCAUAUAUUGUUUCUACAAGUACAUCUACAAGUAAUAGAGAAAGCUCAUAUUGUGACUGGACAGAUUCAGAUAUGAGUUUUGGGUUCAUGAGAAAUGAAAAGAAAGAUAUAAACGAUUUUGGAAUGGAUAAAAAUAAAGAUGAUAAUAUUGGAAAAGGAGAAAAAUAUAAUGGUGAUGAUAAAAAGAGAAGUGAAAAUAUGAAUAGGAAUAUGAAUGAAGGAUAUGUAGUAGAAAAUAAAGAAAAUGGAAUAUAUAUUUGUAGAGGAAAUUUUAUUAUUAGAAUUAAAAAUUUUAUUUCUAAAAUUUAUAAUAUAUUAUUAAAAAAAUAUGGUAUUUUUGUUUUAUUUAUUUUUAUAUAUAUAUUUACAAUAAUACAUAUAGUCGAUUUUAGAAGAAAUGACAAUAUUGUUAGUGAAAUAAUUUUAUAUAAUUUAUAUAGAAGCUAUCUUAUAUUUAUUAUUGCAGCACAGAUAAUAUAUGCAUCAUGGUUAUUUGGAAUGAAAAUGCAAAUGAUACAAUGUGGUGUUAUAUCAUGUUUAUUAAAUUUUACAACAUGGAUUAUUAUACUUCCUUUAUUAUUUAUAAUUUAUUCAGAAAAACGUAAUAUGAUUAGAUUAAUAAUAAUAGGUAUUGUUUUAAAUGUAAUUACAAUAAUUAUUUCUUAUAUUGAAAUAAUUAAAAAAAUAAAAAUUCAAGAAAAAUUAUGUACAAGUCAUAAAAAUAAACAUGAUGAAAUGUUACAAAAAUUUAAUAAAAUUAUUAUUUUAAAAAAAUGUUUAUAUUGGUUAUAUAUUGGUAAUUUAGAAAUUUUGAGAAAAAAUUUGAAUAUAGCAAUGUCUGGAAAUGAAAAAAAAUAUAUUCCUUUUUUUUGGGUUAUUUUUUUUAAGUAUAUAAAUUCGUCUAUGCUUAUUGUUAUAAUUAUAUAUAAUACACGGGAAUAUUUUUUUAAUAUGAAGGACAUAUUUAAAGCAACUUUUAGUUUGAAAAUUGAGUUAUUUUCCAUUUUCAUGAUUUUCUUUGGAUCUUUUUGUGCUUUGGUCAGGAACGUUUUCAAGGACCACUAUAUGCCACAAAACAUCGUGAUCCCGUCAGUGCCUCUGGGUGUACAUGAAAAGGAAAAGAAGAAAUAUAUUUUUCCAAAUUAA